AUGGAAGAAAUGUUGGCUAAACUGGUGAAGGGUCAAGAAAAUAAAGAGAUCAACCUUAAGAAGAUUAAGGCCGACAUUUUAGGGUUGACUCAGAAGGUCGAGUCACAUGCCAUUGAUAUCAAGCAGUUGGAGCACCAGUUCGGGCAAAUGUCAGCAAUUCUAAACCAAAGGAAACCAGAUCCCCCAUGUCCUACUGCAAAAGAUGUUGAUGAUGAUACAUCCGCUAGUGAGUCCGGAAAGAAGGAAUCACGUGUUAGUACAAUAAUAGAGGAAGACCCAAUUGAUAGCUUAUGGGAUGACCAAGUUGAUGGUGAAGAGGAUAAUGGAAGUAGAUUUCAAGUUGUUGUAAAUGAAAAUAAACAUGAUUUAACUGAAGAGAAAGAUAAAGAUAAACCAAGCGAAGAAGAGGAAGAUAAUGAGGAGACAACAAGUGAAGAAGAUGAGCAGGCGGAGUCAUCAAACAAAGAGAAAGAUAUUUUUUAUAGUCAUGAUUCACAAGAUCACUAUCUUACUCAAGAAAAGGACGAAGAUGAAGAUGAUGAGGAUUGA